AUGUUAAUUUUUCUAAUAUUUACAUUUGCUUAAGCAUUUAAUGCGGAUAAUGCCUACUCAAUAUAUACCAUAGAAAAGAAUCUAUAGGAUAAACAUUAAAGUUAUCCUGAACUAUAUUCAAUAUAACAUAUUUUAGAUUCUAUUCAAAAACAAAUAACUCUUCAAGGUAACACAUUUUUAAUAUUUUAGAUGGUCGAAAAGUACUUUGUUAAAUUCCAAUACCUCAAAUUUCUUAAUUAAUUAAGAUAGAUGCUCUAUCUAUUACAACAAAUUUAACUGAUGAUUAAGCCAACAGUAUUCUCUUUCCAUUAAUUGGUUAAUGUGUUCAUCAUUAAACUAAAGAAUUUCUUUAUGAAUACUGUUAUAGAAAAUAUGUUAGAUAGUAUGAUGAUUUAAACACAAUGUUGAGCAUGUAGAAAAUUGUAAUUUUUAUACUCAUAUUCUUAGUUAAAAGAAGAUUUUAGUUUGGGCUAUUCACAUUAAUUUACAACACAAAAUUAUUCAUAUACUCUUUUUGAACCAUAUAAUUCUUCUUAUCAUCUUGAUACUAAUUAUCAUUAAAUACUAUAAUAAAUUGAUAGAUUGAUUAUUAUUGAAGGGUGUUUAGCUAAAUUAAGAAAUAAUGAUUAAUUUAUCUCAGAAAAAUAUGAAUAUUAACUUAAUGUUUCAACAACACAUACAGUCUAUACAUUUCGUGUAAUUCAGGUCAUAUAUAAUGAAUUAUUACUAUUAUCUUAAUGUUCAGAUAUUUUAAUCAUUUCAGAUUAUUUUGAAUUAAUCUAAAUUAAACAAAAUAAAGUUUCUAUAAAAUAGAAUUAAUAUUACCAAUAUAAAAAUGUGAUUUUUGCAUUGAAUCUUUAAGCUCAAGAGAUGUUUUAUCCAAAAUAGAGUUUAGGAGUAAUCUUUACUGAAAAAGUAUUUUUUAUUCAUGUCAAGAAAGUUAUUGACUAUUGUGCUAUUUAAGUUUUAGGUUUUUAAUAACACAUAAAAUAUUAAAAAUCUAUCUCUUAAAUUAAGCAUUUAAUUUUAAUGGAUGCAAAUACUUAUUAUGAAGAAUUAGAAGCUCCUAUUCUGAUUUUGGAGAAUAUCUUAUUUAUUUAAUAACUUAUUAAUUAGAUCAAUAUUAAUGAUUAUAUAGUAAUUUAUGAUACUACCACAUCAGUAUAGAGUUACAUUGAAACCUUUAGAAUUACUUAAUUUCAUAAUGGAAUUGCUAUUUUAGAUAAAUAAUUAACUAAGGGAUUGAGAUAUGAAGGAAAAGCUAUUAUAAAAAGAAUUAAUAAGUUUGUUAAACAAAUAAAUUUUACUUAACCUCUAUUAGAUACAUAUGAAUAUUAAAAUGAUGAUUUAAUUUCUUUGACUAAAUUAGAAUAUGAAUAUGUUCAAAUUCAUAUAUUCAAUCAUUCAAAUUAAGGAUAUUAAUUGAAAUAAUAAUAUUAAAAGUACAUGGGGAUUACAUUUUCUUUAUAUUAGUUAAAUUAUGAUAUUUCAUCUUCUUUAUUUCUUAAUAUUAUAAGUGAAAUGUAUUUAACAACUUAAAUAGCUUUAUUAACAUCACCUUAAUCAAACAUUUAUAUAAAAACUCAAGAUGGAAAUUAUACAUAAAUGGAGUCUAGAUUUAAAAAUAAUAGUCUACUAAAUCAAUCAUAUUGGAUUAUAAUAGAUACCUUAAUAGACAAAUUGUAUGUUGGAAUGGGUGAUCAAAUUAAAUUAGCAAACAAACUUAUAGAAUUUUAGUUGUUGAGAAAACAAAAUAAAAGUUCAUAAAUAAUUUUUGAAUUUGAUAAGAAAUCAAAUGGUUUAAAACUAUAUGAUAUAAUGUUUCUACCAUUAAGUAAUUUUGGAUUAUUUAGAACUACUAUUUCAACUGAGUACUUUCAUGCAUUAAAUUUCACAGGCGGAAUAAAUGGAGUCUUCGAAGAAACAUAUUAAUUAGGUAGUUUUUGUAAUCCUAUUAAUUCCACAAGGCAAAGUUAAAUUAAGUUCACUUGUCAUCCUGGUGAUUUAAUGAGAUUUAUGUCUAUUACAGAAGAAGAAAUCUGUAAAUAUCAAAUUACAAUUGGAACUUAUUUAUUAUGUGACAAAAAAUAAGAUAUUGUGGAACCAACUGAACAUCCUAUUCUAUGUAUAUUAAAACAAUGAUCCC